CGCGCAGGCGGCGUUGAACGUCCCCCGCUGCUGCUGCUGUUUCCUCGCUGCCUCCGCCGUUGCUGCUCAUUGUGCAGCCGACGAAACAUCGGUAGCUUCCGACGACGUCGGUAUGAAAUGGCAGAAACUGCCCGUGUCACGGAAGCACAACGAGUAGGAUACGCCGGAGCUACACACAUGUAUCUCUGUGGCCUGUUGGCGUGAGGGAAACGGGACUGGAACCGGAGGAAGAACGGAAAGCGGAGUAAAGUGUCGUUUUACUACAAACAAAUUACAAAAAACAGCGGCCGGGUUGUGUCUCCAGCAGCCGACUGAGACUGCAGCUCGACACUGGUGGAAUUAACCGGAGAGGGGUUGAGAGAGGAGGAGAGCUCCACUUGGAUGCCCUGACACCGCGUCUGUCCAAGGCUUCACCAUGAACCGGAACAAGCGUGAAAAGGAGUACUACAGUAUAGAUGUGGGCGAUUCGACGUUCAUGGUUUUAAAGCGCUACCAGAACCUCAGACCCAUUGGAUCCGGAGCACAGGGGAUCGUCUGUUCGGCGUAUGACCACAUCUUGGAGAGGAACGUUGCCAUCAAGAAGCUGAGCCGGCCUUUUCAGAAUCAAACCCACGCGAAACGAGCCUACAGAGAACUGGUGCUCAUGAAAUGUGUCAACCACAAGAACAUAAUUGGCUUAUUAAAUGUAUUCACGCCACAGAAGACACUGGAAGAAUUCCAAGAUGUGUAUCUAGUGAUGGAGCUGAUGGAUGCCAACCUCUGCCAGGUGAUUCAGAUGGAGCUCGAUCACGAGAGGCUGUCGUACCUGCUCUACCAGAUGCUCUGUGGAAUCAAACACCUACACGCCGCAGGCAUCAUACACAGGGACCUGAAGCCCAGUAACAUCGUGGUGAAGUCUGACUGUACUCUAAAGAUCCUGGACUUUGGUCUGGCCAGGACGGCCGCCACUGGCCUCCUCAUGACGCCCUACGUGGUCACCCGCUACUAUCGCGCCCCCGAAGUCAUCCUGGGCAUGGGCUACCAGGCCAAUGUGGAUAUUUGGGCUGUGGGCUGCAUUAUGGCAGAAAUGGUUCGCCACAAAAUCCUUUUUCCAGGAAGGGAUUGUAUCCUUGAGCUGCUUGCAGCAGUGUCUGGCAUUCCAUGAGAAACAAGCGGCACAGAGGAAGUCAAGUAAUUGUUUUUCAUCCAGUGAAAAUUGCACGGAGAACAUAUCGUGUGAGCAACUAAAAGAAAUUAGAUUUUUCCCAUGUUUGUAUGACAACUUUGACUUGCAUCCAUUGACCUGCUCUUCUUACACAACUCUGUCAC